AUGAAGCCUUAUGGUUUUCCGUCGAAUUCUGGACCGACUGGCAGUGGUCGUGGCAGUGAUAACGGCUUCUUCACCCUUUUAGGAGAUGGCAUUCACCAGCUGAACCCUUGCAGCAAACACGGUGCUGGAGUGAGGAUUGAAGAUGGACAAUUAGGGGGCUUCCUGGAAGCAGAUCCGGAGUUAGCUGAUCCACAACUUCGUUAUGUAGUGGAUUUCGAGCUGGUUGGUGUCUGCUUCGCUUUACUCGAAGAUCGUCGCAUCACAAAGCGUUCAGAAUAUUUUGGGCUUCGAUAA